AUGUGUGGAAUCAGAACUAAUAAACUACCUGUUGCACCAUAUUCAAUUGGCUUUGUCUAUAUUCUUCCAAAAAGUAUUGCAAUCAUAAUCUAUGCUAUUGUUUUUCAUCAAGUCCGUCUAUCAUCGAAGCGAGUGAAAUCGAGAAACGUGACAAAUAUCACCACAGCUUGUAUUACAUUAACAUUUGUCAAAAAGAAUUUGAUCGUCAUGCGGAACAUGUUGGUUAUUCUAAACAUUCUUGUUUGUGGCGGAGCACCGUAUUUGAUAUUGAUGCUCUGGGAUUUCAUUCCCAAUGGGAAUCCACCAAAGGAACUCUAUUUUAUAUCAGUAAAUUCCUUAGUAUCAGCAACGGCAAUGAUGGCAAUUGUUACUUUUUUCAAAGAUAAAAGACUUCGAAAUCGAGCGUAUGCUUGGUUUGUGCAAUCGAACUCCAAUGCUAGAAGUUUAUCUGUAUUUGAAUGA